UCAGUCACGAAGGAGGUCUGAGCCGUCUGUUUUUCAAACAGAGGAGAAAAACUUGUCGAGUUUUCCUCACAAGAUGCAGAACUCUCCCUUUGAAGGUAACGGGUAUCAGACGGGUCUCUAUGGAUCAUCGCCCGGGUAUGAUGCGGGUACCAUUAAGCUGCAUCAUGGACACUACCCAGAGACGGAAUCGUGCUAUGGAAAUUACAUGAAUACUCCCAACACGUCGCCAAACUCUCCCCGAGAACCACCUACGUAUGCAGAAUCGACUUUCUUUCAUUCCGGAUUCGUGCCAAAUUCCAGUCCUUCUUAUUACAAGGUCCCAAACCGUCAGGUGGAUUUGAAUGGGUAUGACAUACAGAGAAAUGACCAGGUGUUGAUAAAACCCGAACUCCCGAUCGGAAAUGGAUUGGACUUUGUUCAAAGGUACGACGUGGAGGAGCCGAAAGUUCUUCAUGAGAUGGACGCCACGGUGACAAAGCUAGAACAUGACCCUGACCAAUAUAAAACAACCUACCAAAGUCUCACCGCGGAACAACAUGAUGGACAGACAGAAGAGCGACUUGCACAGAUGAAUAAAGAGGAACUGGUUGAAGAGAAGAAGGAGGAAGGCACGGUAGAGGCAACAGACAAGAACGACGAAGAAACGGGUAAAAAUAAUCCAGAUGUUAAACCAACACUCUCCUAUAUCGCUCUCAUAGCUAAAUCAAUACUGGAGUCCUCCCAGAAAAGACUGAAUCUUGGUUCCAUAUAUUCCUGGAUUGAGAAGAACUACCCGUACUACCAGAACAAAGGUCAAGGUUGGAGGAACAGUGUCCGGCACAAUUUGUCCCUCAAUGACUGUUUCAUCAAAGCAGGAAGGUGUGAGGACGGCAAAGGCAACUACUGGGCGAUCCAUCCUGCCAAUAUACAAGACUUCAUGCGGGGGGACUUCAGGCAGAGGAGGAGGUCCAGGAGAAGAGGGAGGAAGAAGGAGGGAGAGUUUGGGAUGUACCCCAUGACUAAUGGUUACCUGAGCACCCCACCAGCUACCCUGAAUCCAGGGAUGGGGUUCAACCACCCUGCAACCAUCGGGUCCAUAUACUCUCCCUACACAGAAGCAGAGAGACGAGCGUACAAACUGGAUGAAGCGUUGUUAAGGCAGAGUAUGAACAAUCCAUUCAUGAGAUGGUACCACAAUGGUAACUAUGGAGGGUCGAACGGGACAUCUUGCAAUAGCGGCAUGUAUGGAACAGGCUCUGGGCAGUGGCAGGGUUACAGCGACAACACAUCGCAGUCCAUGUACCAGUCGUUCUCAAGUUUUAUCUAUGACAGCAAUGCUUGUGGCUUUAACGUCCAUUAUAGGGAGAUUGGAACGCCCCCUUUCGCCAGCUUUGACUCUUGCCCGUCCCUCCCCGAUAAGGACCAGCACCAGAUAGAGUGA